UCUGAUCUGGCCAGUGCCCACCUGGCCUCACAGCGACGCCAUGGCGUCGUCGUUCAAUGUGAAUCACAGUUCGACGGCCGGCCGGGCGUCGCGUAUUCUGGCCAGAGAUGACGAGCCGGUCGAGCUAGCCGCCAGCUAUACGUGCACCGGCGCACGCCGCGACCUUCUCCUCUCGCCCCUAUAUAACCUCGCGCCCGAUGCGUAUCCCGUGCUUCGUCCACGCAAACUCCGAAACCCGUGCGCCACUCAAGAGCUUUACGACGUUGCUUAGUUAGCCAUGGCACCGGAGCGACGACGUAGCGCCGCCGCCCCGACGCUGCCGGCGCUUCUUCUGGUGCUGCUCUCGUGUUGCUGCUGGUGCGGCGCCACCGCGGCGCGGCCAGCGCCUUCCUCCGGCGACGCCCUGCCGCUGCCGGGCUUCAUCAAGUCGUGGUGCGCGGGGACGGAGUACCCGGCGCUGUGCGAGGCGACGCUGGCCCCGUACGCGGCGGCGGUGGGGUCCAGCCCGGCGCACCUGUCGUGGGCGGCGCUGACGGUGACGCUGGGCGGCGCGCGGGCGGCGACGGCUGCGAUGAAGGCGAUGGCGGGCGCGGGCCACCUGGCGCCGCUGGGCGCCGAGGCCGCGCGGGACUGCGUCAGCAUGCUCGGGGACGCCGAGGACCUGCUGGAGCAGGCGGUGGACGCCAUGGCGCGCCUCUGGAAGGGGAGGAGCGGGCAGCAGGCCGGGACCGGGUCGACCGGGAGCAGCAGCCGGGACGUGAGGUUCCAGCUCGACAGCGUGCAGACGUGGGCGAGCGCCGCGCUGACCAACGACGACAUGUGCGUCGAGGGGUUCAAGGCGGAGGCCGCGGGCGGCGGCGGCGUCAGGGAGGCCGUGCGCGGCCACCUCGUCGGCGUCUCCCACCUCACGGCCAACGCGCUCGGCAUCGUCAACGCCAUGGUCAAGCAGAUACCGUAGGUGGUGGUGUGUGCACGUGUGUAGCAUGUGGUGGGUUGCCUUGUGCAUACUUACGUAUACGUUUUCCUACUAUAUACAGUAUACGUUUCUGAUCUGUGUGAUGUUUGUUGUCUGAGAUCAUAGUGAUUAGUAGCAUGAUCGUAUCUGAUUCUGAUUUAUUGGUGGUUGGCAUUUGGCAAUGGAAAAAUCACGGAUUCAUUGUCGUGUA